UUCGAAAUCUCACAAAAGUUUGUGUAAAUUCCAUGUUUUUUGGGUUCGGCAGUUAUCGAUUGCGUUAUCUGCCGGUUAUCUUGCGAUUCCAAGAGAGUGUCGUGUUAUUAUCUCUACGCGGUGGCUAGGUGAUGGUAUCUGGUGGCCAGUAGUGGAAGCAAGUCAGUCGGCUUCCCGAUGCCGGUCGGUGUGCUAGUGUUCGCGCGUCAAAGCAUGCAAUCAUAAUGGCCGGCAGAAUGCUAAAGUUCAUACGCGGCAAGGGCCAGCAGCCCUCUGCUGACAGACAGAAACUCCAGAAUGAACUGUUUGCUUUUCGCAAGACAGUCCAGCACGGCUUCCCCCACAGAGCGUCGGCGCUCGCCUGGGACCCGCUGUUGAGGCUCGCGUCCUUCGGCACCGCCACCGGCGCACUCAAGGUCUACGGCAGGCCAGGAGUCGAGCUAUACGGACAACACACCAACUCAGACUCCUCGGUUAUACAGAUACAGUUCGUACAUGGCACAGGUAGACUAGUGUCACUAUGCGACGACAACAGCCUACACUUAUGGGAGAUAAACGAAAAAUCUCUAGUAGAGUUAAAGUCACAUACUCCCGAAGGCAAGAACAAGAAGAUAUCGGCACUAUGUGUAGAGUCGUCGGGGAAGAACUUACUGCUCGGCACAGAGGGCGGCAACAUAUACACACUGGACCUCACUUCGUUCACAAUCACAGAAGAUGUCAUAUACCAGGACGUCGUUAUGCAGAACUGUCCAGAAGACUUCAAAGUGAACCCGGGAGCAGUGGAGGCGAUCUGCGAGCACCCCAAAGUGCCCGCGAAGAUCAUCAUCGGGUACAACCGGGGGCUCGUGGUGUUAUGGGACCGCGCGGCGGCGGCGCCCACACACACGUUCGCGUCCAACCAACAGCUAGAGAGCUUGUGUUGGAAUGAUGAUGGAGAGCACUUCACGUCGUCCCACAACGACGGGUCGUACGUGACGUGGGAGGUGGCGGGCGCGGCGAGUGACCGCCCGCUGAAGGAGCCGGUGACGCCGUACGGCCCGUACCCGUGCAAGGCCAUCACCAAGAUACUCAACAGGACCAGCAUCGACGGCGAGGAGCUCAUCGUUUAUGCAGGUGGCAUGCCACGUGCUUCGUAUUCAGAUAAAUACACAGUAACGGUGCAACAGGGAGAGAAGCACGUAGCGUUCGAUUUCACAAGCCGUGUGAUAGAUUUCUUCACAACGACGCCGGUGCCGCCCGACGGUGUGCCGGUGCAAGAGGAGCGUCCAGACACACCUGCGCAGAUACAAGUACAAACCGUCAACCAAGUCGCCUCCGCUUUGGUGGUGCUAGCAGAAGAAGAGCUGGUGGUGAUAGACUUGUGCGACGCUCGCUGGCGCCCGCUGCGGCUGCCGUACCUCGUGUCCAUCCACGCGUCGGCCGUCACCACCGCGCAGCUCGUCGACAACGUCGCCGCUAACGUCUAUGAUAAUAUUGUUGCUGCUGGUCAACAUCAAACAGAGAACAUGUAUUCUGAGAGUCCGUGGCCGAUCUCUGGCGGGUCUGUGGAGAGCAGCUCGCCGUCGGAGCGGCAGGUGCUGCUGACGGGGCACGAGGACGGCUCCGUGCGCUUCUGGGACGUCACCGACGUCGCCAUGACGCCGCUGUACAAGUACACCACCGCGCAGCUGUUCAGUGGCGAAGAGAUAGGCGAGAACAAUGACAGCCAGACCGAUGAAGAGGAGUGGCCUCCGUUCAGGCGGGUCGGCACGUUUGAUCCUUAUAGCGACGAUCCAAGACUAGCUGUCAAACGGGUAAUUCUAUGUCCACUGUCCGGUAUGCUAACAAUCGGCGGUGCUGCCGGACACAUAGUGAUUGCUGCCUUGAAAACAACUACAAACACUACUGAAGUUAAGUCUAUAACAGUGAACAUAGUGUCAGACCGCGACGGCUUCGUGUGGAAGGGACACGAUCAACUCACGCUGAGAUCCGGCUCACAUACAUUCCCGCAAGGUUAUCAGGCGACGUCGGUGUGCCAGGUGUCGCCGCCGGCCGCGGUGACGGCGCUGGCGGCGCAGUGGGAGUGGGGGCUGGUGGUGGUGGGCACGGCGCACGGGCUCGCGCUGAUCGACGCGCUGCGACACGCGCCGCUGCUGCACAAGUGCACGCUCAACCCACACGAUCAUUCCGGAGCCGGUGACACACCAAUUUCCAGAAGAAAAUCCUUCAAAAAAUCACUAAGAGAAUCAUUCAGGAGGCUUAGGAAAGGCAGAUCACAGAGACGACAAACCACAUCGAAUCCCACAUCACCUACACAACCGAUUCCCAAAAAGCCAAUCGACAAAGCUGCAUCAGAGACGGACGCGGAGAUCAAGCCGAUCGAGCGCGCGGUGGAGGCGCGGUCUACAGACGACGCGUUCGGGUCAAUGGUGCGAUGCCUUUACUUCGCUAGGACAUUCCUUAUCAACACACAAACUUCCACGCCGACACUAUGGGCGGGCACAAACAACGGCACUGUAUACGCAUUUACAUUAAACGUACCCAACAGCAACAAGAGGAAAGACGAACCUGUAACAUGUCAGCUCGCGAAAGAGAUCCAGUUGAAGCACAGAGCUCCGGUUAUAGGCAUCACAAUUUUGGAUGGAGCAUCUGUACCACUGCCUGAGGCUUUGGAGGUGGAGCGCGGGGUGUCGCCGCUGCCGGAGCCGGGCACGCACCGCGUGGUGAUCACCUCCGAGGAGCAGUUCAAGAUCUUCACGCUGCCCUCGCUAAAGCCGCACAACAAGUACAAGCUGACCGCACAUGAAGGCGCCAGGGUGCGUCGUACGGCGUUCUCGUGGUUCGAGUGCGGGUCGGGCGCGGAGCGGCACCGCGAGUGGUGCCUGCUGUGUCUCACCAACCUCGGGGACGUGCUCGUGCUGUCCGCCGACCUGCGCCGGCAGAUCAACGCCGCCGCCGUACGCAAGGAAGACAUCAACGGUAUUUCAAGUCUAUGCUUCUCAAAACGAGGUGAAGCUCUCUACUUACACUCCUCUUCAGAAUUGCAACGAAUCACACUUUCAGCAACAAAGGUAACGAUCGCACAAUGUCACGUGACACUGUCUCCGUGGGCGAUCGCGCUGCGCGGAUCUGCGGAGGAAGCGCCGCUCACCAACGGUGAACAUAAGGAGGAGGUGGCGGAGACAGCGCACGACGUGACGGCCGCGUCGGCCGACAUCACGGUGGACUCGGUGCGCGACCACACCGCCGCGCCAGAACAACCGCCGGAGCUCAACAUCAACUUGCAGAAUACGCAAGUGAACACGAGCUCAAUGGUUGUGAAAACGACGACACGGACGACCAUGAACGAGACGAACGCGGACGGCGUCACCACGACCACCACCACCACCACCACGUCCAACGCCAGCGAUAACAUCCUAGAGCACAGUCGUGAGGAGGGAGUCAUCACGCGCAUCGAGACGGGAACUGUGACGGUGCCGGCCGGCACCGACCCGAAGCUGAUUCUCGAGAUGUUUGACCGCCAGCGCUCGCCGCUGAGCGUGCCCGUGCCGCCCGCGCACGCCAACCACACCGCCCAGCCCGCCGCCGCGCCCGACGCGCAGUAACCGCGUUCACACCACUCCGCUACCUUCUACCGAUCCAACACUGUUUCAAAUCGAUUUUAUACGAAAUAUUAACCCACAUUAUAAUUUCGUACCCAGCGGCGAUUUGUACAUAAGGGGGAUACUCACUCCACCGAAACUUCACGUCGGAAAAUUGUUCUUUAUAAGUACUCCAUAUGUAAUACAAUUAUUAGUUUUAAAGUAUGUUUUAACAUUACUAGUGGCAAUUUGUCUCUUCUAUAAUGCCUAGACAGCUAAAUAUACUGCCAUCAAUGGAAAAAUUUUACUUGUAUACCGAAUUGGUUUUAUAUCUCUAGGUAUACAAAAUCAAAAUAAAAAAAGAUGUUAACACUUGUUUUAAUAUAUUUUAAUUGUUUUCUCUUUAUGUAAAGGCUUUUAUUCAUUUGUCAUCUACUUUUAUUGAAUACUAGAAACUAAUUUGUAAAAAUCUAUAAAACGAACUUCGCAUCGAUAUUACGUUGUUCAAGCGUUUAUCAGUACAUAUUAUGACAUCAUUAACUAUAAAAUGAAGCCCAAAAUGCAUUUUAAUAUAGUAGGCUAUAUUUCCGUCAAUUUUAUUACGCAUGAUUGAUUUUAAUGAUAUAUUUGGGUGUAUUUUUCUUGAAAUAUAAAAUAACUAGAUACUUUUAUACAUUUUAUUGUAAUUCUAUAAUUUAAUCCGUACUUAACUGUGUCUAUUACGAGAUUAUUUUGCUUGUUGUAUGAAUAAACUGUAGAAUUUUCAAAUAUGAAUACAUCUUGAAUUAUCACUAUUAUGUUGGUAUAUUUUAUCAAGUUUAGCCUGAGUAUAACAUUUUAUUAUUAAGAAUAUUUUACUGUACACAUAUAGACAUACUAUAAUUACGAACUACUUCAGGAAAUUUAUAUAACCAUUUUUUGCUAUCAUAAGCUCAUUCUUUUAUCCUAUAUGGUCUUUAAAAUAAAACGUAUUAUUUUAAAUUUUAGUACAAAAUCCGGAAAGCCAUAACCGCAUUAGUUGUAUUAGUAAAGUUACAAUAUAAUUGUGCAUUGUAUUGAAGGUAUUUAAAUUAAGUAAAAUGUGAAAUUAAUUUACUAAUUUAGCUUUUUAAGUUUAUAUAAACAUUCAUUCGGGGUGAAUGUAAUGUGCCUAUUUAUUUCUUUUUUAUAAUUACAAAAAUUGUAUCUAGGUAAAGUAGAGUAAGGAUUUUUUGACAAUUAGUAUUGACUAGAGUAUAGUAUUAUAAUAUUAAAAUACCAUUUAGAUUUCAAUGGCAAUAUUCGAUUAAUUUUAUUGCCAGUUAAGUAAAAUUGUUGUAUUGCACCACAUAGUUCUUUGUAUUGUAUAUUCAGUAUAAUAUUAAUUGUAAUAAAUUAUAAACAAUUAAAGUACGCAAACUUAUAUGCAAUAUUCUUUUUAAAUUUUUAAUGAGAGUUUUCUUUUUAAUUUUAUUUUUAUCUGUGUACGAAUUGCUUUAUAUAAUUUUUGGAAUGACCUGCGGAAUUGAACGAAUGGAAGGCGCUACUUGGAGAUAUGUGAUUUUAUCUGGCCAUUAUAAGUGGAUAGGUCCGUUUAAGAUGAUGACGCGUUGUUUUAUUAAGGCAGCUUAUUUGGAGUUAUUGAAUGCACAUUAUUACAUCACAACUCGUGAUAUAAGCGAAUGAUUUUUUAGACGUUAUACUUUUAAUAAUAGAUAUAAAUUAUAAUAUAAGUUGAAUGUGCCUGCCUUUUUUUAACAUUUUACAGUCGUGCUGUAGGUAUAACGAGGGCAGUGCAAGGGAUAUAGAAUCCUAAGCACCCCUGUUUAUAUUGAAUGUACAAUUUUUCCUGUAUCUAUUGUGGCAUUUUUAAAUAUUUGAUACGAACGAUUUGUAUCCCAACAUUCUUACGUGAAAAUAAAUGCUAAGAUUAUAAAGCCA